GCCUCUGUGCCUUCUCGGCCGGCUCCUCGCCAUGGCCUCCUGGGGCCCGGGACUCCGGCUCCUGCUGGGAAUCCUGCUGCUGCUGCUCCCGCCUCCUGCGACCCCUGCUUCCGACCGUCCCCGGGGCAGAGACCCGGUCAACCCAGAGAAGCUGCUGGUGAUCACGGUGGCCACAGCCAAGACGGAAGGAUACCGGCGUUUCCUGCGGUCAGCGGAGUUCUUCAACUACACAGUGCGGACCCUGGGCCUGGGACAGGAGUGGCGAGGGGGUGAUGUGGCCCGAACGGUUGGUGGAGGACAGAAGGUCAGGUGGCUAAAGAAGGAAAUGGAGAAAUAUGCUGACCGGGAGGAUAUGGUCAUCAUGUUCGUGGACAGCUACGACGUGAUUCUGGCUGGCAGCCCCUCCGAGCUGCUGAAGAAGUUCGUCCAGAGUGGGAGCCGCCUGCUCUUCUCUGCCGAGGGCUUCUGCUGGCCCGAGUGGGGGCUGGCGGAGCAGUACCCUGAGGUGGGCACGGGGAAGCGCUUCCUCAACUCUGGUGGGUUCAUCGGCUUUGCCCCCACCAUCCACCGAGUCGUCCGCCAGUGGAAGUACGAGGAUGAUGAUGACGACCAGCUGUUCUACACACGGCUCUACCUGGACCCAGGGCUGAGGGAGAAACUCAGCCUCAAUCUGGAUCAUAAAUCCCGGAUCUUUCAGAACCUCAAUGGGGCUUUGGAUGAGAUAGUUUUAAAGUUUGAUCGGAAUCGCGUGCGUAUCCGGAAUGUGGCCUAUGACACACUUCCCGUCGUGGUCCAUGGGAACGGUCCGACUAAGCUGCAGCUGAAUUACCUGGGAAACUACGUCCCUAAUGGCUGGACUCCUCAGGGAGGCUGUGGGUUCUGCGGCCGGGACCGGAGGAUACUCCCGGGGGGGCAGCCUCCCCCCCGGGUGCUUCUGGCCGUGUUCGUGGAACAGCCUACCCCGUUCCUGCCCCGCUUCCUGCAGCGGCUCCUGCUCCUGGACUACCCCCCUGACAGGGUCACCCUGUUCCUGCAUAACAACGAGGUGUACCAUGAGCCCCACAUUGCAGACUCCUGGCCCCAGCUCCAGGGCCACUUCUCAGCUGUGAAGCUCGUGGGGCCGGAGGAGGCCCUGACCCCGGGCGAGGCCAGGGACAUGGCCAUGGACAGCUGUCGGCAGGACCCCGAGUGCGAAUUCUACUUCAGCCUGGAUGCUGACGCCGUCAUCACCAACCAGCAGACCCUGCGCAUCCUCAUUGAAGAGAACAGGAAGGUGAUAGCGCCCAUGCUGUCCCGCCACGGGAAGCUGUGGUCCAACUUCUGGGGAGCCCUGAGCCCUGACGAGUACUACGCUCGGUCCGAGGACUACGUGGAACUAGUGCAGCGGAAGCGAGUGGGCGUGUGGAAUGUGCCCUAUAUAUCCCAGGCGUACGUGAUCCGCGGCGAGACCCUGAGGACAGAGCUGCCCCAGAGAGAGGUGUUCUCGGGCAGCGACACCGACCCGGACAUGGCCUUCUGUAAGAGCCUGCGCGACAAGGGCAUCUUCCUCCACCUCAGCAAUCAGCAGGAAUUUGGUCGCCUCCUGGCCACUUCUCGGUAUGACACAGACCAUCUGCACCCUGACCUCUGGCAAAUCUUCGACAACCCCCUGGACUGGCGGGAGCAGUACAUUCACGAGAACUACAGCCGGGCCCUGGAAGGGCAGGGACUCGUGGAGCAGCCGUGUCCAGACGUGUACUGGUUCCCGCUGCUGUCAGACCAGAUGUGUGACGAGCUGGUGGAGGAAAUGGAGCAUUACGGCCAGUGGUCAGGAGGCCGGCAUGAGGACUCAAGGCUGGCUGGAGGCUACGAGAACGUGCCCACCGUAGACAUCCACAUGAAGCAGGUGGGCUAUGAGGACCAGUGGCUGCAGCUGCUGAGGACGUACGUGGGGCCCAUGACCGAGAGCCUGUUCCCAGGCUACCACACCAAGGUGGAUGAGCAGCCAUCUCUGCGGCCCCAUCACGACUCCUCCACCUUCACUCUCAACGUCGCCCUCAACCACAAGGGCCUGGAUUAUGAGGUGAGGAGGUGGCUGCCGCUUCUUGCGCUACGACUGCAUAGUCUCGUCCCCACGGAAGGGCUGGGGGCUCCUGCAUCCUGGCCGCCUCACCCACUACCACGAGGGGCUGCCCACCACUCGGGGCACUCGCUACAUCAUGGUGUCCUUUGUCGACCCCUGACACUCAACCACUCUGCCAGACCUGCCCUGCCGCCGUGCCUUCCGGGGGGGCCCCCUCCGUGGAAGGGGGUCUGUCUGGCGCCUCGCUUCCUGAGCGGAUGUUCGGUGUGCCUGGGACUGAAUGUGUCGCCUCCCCCCCUCCCCCAACACGCGGACCUCUCAGGAAGCUCCUAGCCCCCCCUUGCCCCUCCCCACAGUCCCCAAGGACCCCUGGGGAGAAGGCUUUGAGGGCUCCCCUUGUGAUAAAUUAUUGUUUCUCACCCUCUCAAUAAAGGAGGAUUUGUAAGCCUUGA